UGUCUUGCUGGCAAUAAUCACAUUCACAUUCCCCCUUCUUUUUUCCCUUCUGCCUGCCAAGUCCGUUUGCUUCAAGGUUGUGUCUUGUGGAUAUAUUUACCUUCAAUUUUCCCACUUGGACAAUUGUUUCAAUUCUCUUCUUUUCUGCACAAGUUCAUUUCUGAUCUGUGAUCCACCCCUUUUCCACCCUUAGCACAUCCAAAAGUCCAAUUGCUAUCAGCCAUGGCCCCGCUGCUUUGGAACAGGAGAACCACGUGCGCGAUGCCGAGUUCAAUCGUGCAAUGCACGGAAAGUCUGCCCAGUCUCGGGGUGGCUUUGCUGCUCUUCGUGGCAAGGACUCUGCUGCUCAGAAGGCCGCUGUAGACGAGUACUUCAAGCAUUGGGACAACAAGUCCGCUGAAGACGAGACAGAGGAGACCCGCGCGGCCCGCCGUGCCGAGUAUGCCACAUUGACCCGACACUACUACAACCUGGCUACGGAUCUUUACGAGUAUGGAUGGGGUACUUCAUUCCACUUCUGCCGCUUCGCCCAGGGCGAGCCCUUCUACCAAGCCAUUGCCCGCCAUGAACACUACCUGGCUCACCAGAUGGGCAUCAAGGAGGGUAUGAAGGUCCUGGAUGUCGGCUGCGGUGUCGGCGGUCCUGCCCGCGAGAUUGUCAAAUUCACCGAGGCCAACGUGGUUGGACUGAACAACAACGACUACCAGAUUGAGCGUGCGACUCGGUAUGCCGAGCGCGAGGGAUUGAGCCAUAAGCUCAGCUUUGUCAAGGGCGACUUUAUGCAGAUGAAGUUCCCCGAUAACUCGUUCGAUGCCGUUUACGCUAUCGAGGCCACCGUCCACGCCCCUGAACUCGAGGGUGUCUACAAGGAAAUCUUCCGUGUGUUGAAGCCCGGUGGAGUUUUCGGUGUCUACGAAUGGCUCAUGACCGACGCGUACGACAACGACAACCCGGAACAUCGCAAGAUCCGUCUGGGUAUCGAGCUGGGUGAUGGUAUUUCCAACAUGGUCAAGAUCUCGGAAGGUCUUACUGCGUUUAAGAACGCCGGUUUCGAGCUGCUGCACAACGAGGAUCUCGCCGAUCGCCCCGAUGCCAUUCCGUGGUACUACCCUCUCGCGGGAUCGUUCAAGCACAUGACCUCGCCUUGGGAUUUCUUCACCAUUGCGCGUAUGACAUGGUGGGGUCGUGGUCUCGCCCAUCGGUUCUGCGGAGCUAUGGAGACUAUUGGUCUCUUCCCUAAGGGCACCCAGAAGACCGCCGACAGUCUCGCCAUUGCCGGUGACUGUCUGGUCGCUGGUGGUGAGAAGAAGCUCUUCACGCCCAUGUAUUUGAUGGUCGGACGCAAGCCCGAGUAACGAGUCUCUUUUACACGAAUUGCCUGUACAAACAUCUGCCCUGUGCCUGCAUCCUAAACCUAUAGACGUGGCUGUCUAACCGUUUUAAUUUUUUUUGUUCUUACUUUUACCUUUUUCUUCUCAAAUUUCCCUUUCUAUUGUUUUAUUACUGCAUUCCGCUGUUGGGAUGCUAUGUUGUCCUUGUUUUAUGUCCUGCCCAUCUUCGCAGAAGGUGUAUGUUUCACUGCUGGGUAUGCGCUGAUGGUAAUGAUUUCUGUUUUCCUUUGUUCAUUGUACGCUAGACUUAACAUGAAACCUGCCUAUGUAAUUGGCCCGUAAUUGGGAAUAAUUAAAAGCGUAC